UUUGCGCCCCCCCCUCUUGGACACCCCCCUCUUGGCCGCCCCCGAUCAGCUGGGACGACGUGCCCACUGGCUGCAGUCCAUCACCAAGGUGAAGGUCCUCCUCAAGGGCGUGCAGUGCGGCGAGGACGCCGUGCGAGCGUGCGGCGCCGGCCUCGCCGGGUGCGUGUUCUCCAACCACGGCGGCAGUCAGCUGGACACCUACCGCUCCAGCAUCGAGGUGCUGCCCGAGGUCAUGGAGACCCUGCAGGCGGCGGGCUACAAGAGGAACGACUUCACCGUCUUCAUCAACGGCGGCAUCCGGCGGGGGGGGGACAUCUUUCAGGCCGUGGCCCUCGGCGCGGCCGCCUGCGGCGUCGGCCGCCCCGUCCUGUGCUCGCUCGCCUCCUACGGCGAGAAGGGCAUCGUGCGGGCGCACAUGCUGCAGGACGAGCUGCAGAUGGUGAUGCGCCUCAGCGGCACCGCGAGCAUCGCAAGCAUCACGCCCGGCCACGUCAUCACCAGGAACCCGGCCGACCACAUCGUGCCGCUGCCGCAGGACCACCUGGUGCAGGGCACGUGCGCCGCUGAUGCCGUGGAUCGAGGCUGUGAGAGCGCGGCCCACCCGGCGCGCGGGCCCGCCUCCUGAGCCCAGGGGUGGGCGGCGGCGCGCCCGUAAUUGGGCGUCAGCCGGGGUCGGACCCCUCCCUCUGCUGCAGUGCACCGGCUUCCGACGACUGUCGAGAGGUCUGGCGAGGCCGAUCGGCCGUUUUUGUUUGCCGCGCACCUUUCUCCGGCGCUGCCAUCGAAACAUAGAAAAAGGGCGUGAAGAAGCGAUGGGCGUGUUUUCCACCACCACACCACCAUAAGUUGGAGGCUUCCGACGACUGUCGGGAGGUCGGGCGAGCCGAUCGGCCGCUUUUUUUUUUUGCGCGCCAGUCUUCCGCGCUGCCAUAGAGAAAAAUAGACAAAGGGCG